GCGCUGUGUACGUGCGUGCUUGUAUGUAAACCCACGGCUACCUCAGCUUCCAACAGUAGCAAUCCAUCCUUCACACAGCAGAACAUCCCGAAAGGACCAAAAUCAUGGACUUCUCAAUUAGAGCUGCUAACGUGGACGACUGCAAGGAUGUGGCGAGGAUGAAUAUGGAGCUGGCCGAGUAUGAGAAGGUAACAGAGCAGGUGACAAUCACACAGCGAGACUUGGAACAAGACGGCUUCUCCAAGAAUCCAUUCUUCCACUGUGUCAUCGCUGAGGUGCCACAACAGCACAAAAGUAAAGACGGUCACACAAAGAUUGGCUUUGCACUUUACUUCUACUCGUACAGCGCAUGGCGGGGGAGGGCCGUUUACAUGGAGGACUUGUACGUCAUGCCGGAAUUCAGAGGGAAAGGUGUGGGUAAAGCGCUAAUGAGCAAGGUAGCACAGCUGGGCCUGGCUGCAGGCUGCACUCAGCUCAACUUCACCGUGCUGGAAACCAACCGGUCCUCGGUGGAUUUUUACCUACGGCGAGGCUGCUCGGACGUGACGUCUGAGAUGGGCUACCACUUCAUGUCCUGCUGCGGGGACGCCAUGCGGCAGCUGGCCCAGCCCUGACAGCUGACCCUUGACCUAUGCAGGUGGAGACAAUCCAACAGGGCCCUGAUGUUUUAGAUUUAGGACACCUUAAGCUUUGUGACACUUGACACUUAUGCAACUGUAAGAUAUUUAAUUAUUCAUGUAAACAUUGUUUUUAAGUCUGUGAUGAAAGCCAUCAAAUUAUUAGGCAAACUUUGAUUCAUUUUGUACAUAAAUAUGCUAAAACGAAUCCAAUGUAGGCCAAUACAGUUUAAGCUAUACAUCCCAUAGAUAAUUUUAUUUCGCUUUUAAAUCGCUGCUAACCAAGUUUACUUGUGGAAAUUCAUGUUUUCUUGGGUAUUUAUGUUAAGGGCAAUGAUAUGGUAAACAUGCACAAAUGACUGCUGUCCCUUUAAUUUAUAUGUCAAAACAUGUCUUCCAUAUGAAUACAAGGAUGAGUUGUGA